CAGAGACGCAAAUGGCGUACGCUGCUGUAACUUCGCUUAUGGAAACUCUAAAUCUACAUUUCUUGCAAUCACAACCACGAUUCCCUCUUCAACACAAACAACAAAUAGUUUCUCUCCAUCAAAAUCUUGGUUUCCUCCAAGAAAUUCUUGAGAAAUCUGAGAUGGCCUAUAAUAAAUCGGGGAUGAAAGAUUUAGAGGCAGAUAUGAGAGAUAUAGCGUUCAAAGCUGAAGAAAGGAUUGAGAUGGAGUUGAGUAACAUAUACCUUCAGUCAAGCAGUAUAGAGGAGGUUUGCCUCUUCAGGCUUCAUGGAAUCUUGAAUGAAGCUGUAAAACAGACUGAUUACCUGAAGAAGAAGUUGAAUAAGAUUAAAAGUAAACAGCAGUUUGCAAAGGGUCCAUCAAUCCUUGGUCGGAUGCGACAAAGAGGACUACUCCUUGGUUCAACAUCAUCACAACCUGCUGAUCCAGAACGCGAGAAUAAUAUUACUGUGAAUAAAUAUUCCAAAAACACUUCAAUCAAGCUUGACAGUAAAAUGGUCGGAUGCAACGAGGAGUUCAAGACGAUAAUGGAUCAGCUCACCCAACAAUCAACACAACAGUUACAAGUUGUGUCAAUUGUAGGCAUGGGAGGAAUUGGCAAGACCACAUUAGCUCGGAAAGUUUAUGAAGAUUCAUCUAUUACUUUAUAUUUUGACAAACGAGCAUGGAUUACUAUGUCUCAAGAGUAUAACAAGGAACAAAUGCUCCAAUGCCUUAUUGGUUGUGUUAAUGCAGCAUCAAGAGAUGAACUUCAGAGCAAUGAACUCCAUGAACAGAGACAAAGAAAUUCCAAAGAAAAUCUGCGUAAACUAUUGAUGGGUCAGAGAUAUUUUAUUGUAAUGGAUGAUAUAUGGAGCACUACUGCUUGGGAUAGUUUGCAAGGAUGCUUUCCAGACGAUAAUAAUGGAAGUCGUAUAGUAUUGACUUCUCGGCUCAAGGAGGUGGCUGAAUAUGCAAAUUCAGGUAACUCUACCAUUAACAUGCCUUUCUUAGAUGCCAAUGAAAGUUGGAAUCUCUACUGCAAUGUGUUUGGUCAAACAAAAUUUGUUUUGGUGUUUGAGCAAAUUGGUAGAGACAUAGUGAAGAACUGUAAAGGAUUACCUCUAGCUAUUACUUUAGUAGCUAGUCUUCUCUCCAAGACAGAGGAGAAUGUGGAAAAGUGGAACAAUGUUGCAAAAAGUGUAAUCGGUGAUUCUAAUGAAGCAUGUUCAAGAGUACUAUAUUUGAGUUACAACCAAUUACCUCACCACUUAAAAGCUUGUUUUCUAUACUUUGGAGUUUUUCCAGAAGACUAUGAGAUCUCUGUGAAGAAGUUGGUAAGGUUGUGGGCUGCAGAGGGAUUUUUGAGGGCAGUGGAGCAUAUGAAUUUGGAGGAGGUGGCCACGGAAUGCUUGCAAGAUCUUGUUGAUAGAAGUCUUGUUAUAGUUGGUAAACAUAAUUAUAAUGGCAAAAUCAAGACAAUUAGAAUGCAUGAUCUUUUGCGAGACUUGUGCGUAAGAGAAGCUCGAAGUGAAAAUCUCUUGAAUGUCAUUGAAAAAGAUUAUUAUGGUUUUGUUGAAAGACCAGUAAACGUUUGUCCUUGGAUAAGUAUUAAACCUGGAUGCCACAAAGUAUCUAUGCUCUCUUACAAUUUCCAUUCCUUACACUCUGUUGAUCAUACUGAUUUAAGAAUUGCAGUAGUGCUUUGUCAUUUCAAACUAUUAAGAGUAGUAGACAUGGAACUUAGACACGGCCGGAACUCUGAAUAUGAGAUGCUAUACAUGAAACAUCUUAUUCACUUGAGAUACUUAGCUUUGUCCAUAAGUAAAAGUGCAAGCUCUCUUACACUAAAGUUCUUUGAGCAUUGGAAUAUGCAAAGUUUUAUUGUCCGUGGAUAUAGUGUUAUAUUGGAUUCCUCUGAUGCAUUAGAAAUUUGGAAAAUGCCAUUGUUAAGGAACUUUUAUAUGGACAUAAUUCCUUUUACAUUAAAGGCUUCGAAGGUUGUACAUAAAAACAUAGAGACUAUAUCAUGGUUGAGUCCUGAGUGUUGUAGAGAGGACCUUUUCACAAGAACUCCAAAUUUAAAAAAAUUGGGAAUUCAAGGCAAAAGGUAUUUUGAAAAUGAAAAUUCAAAUGGUUUCUAUAAUUUUAUGCACUUGGGACAGCUUGAGAAACUAAGCAUCAAAAGAUGGCAUUUCAAACUUUGGGAUAGGGACAUUCAAUGGGGAACUAGUUUUCUACCAAAUCUUAAAAAGCUCAAAUUCUUUGAGACUAGUUUUCCAUGGAGUGAUAUGGGGCUUAUUGGUAUGUUGCCGAAUCUAAAAGUUCUAAAGCUGAUAAAUGCUUGUGAAGGCAAAAAGUGGGAGCCAUGUGUGGGAGGGUUCCGCCAAUUGAAAAGGUUGGUAAUUGAAUGCAGGAAUUUGGAAGAUUGGAAUGUUGAGGGUGAUCAUUUCCCUGUGCUUCAACAUUUAGAGUUAAGUUGUUGCAGUUCGUUGCGAGAGAUCCCUAUUGCGUUUGCCGAUAUUAUCACACUAGAAUUGAUUCAAUUAAGUGGCUGCUGGUAUUCCGUUUUGACUUCUGCAAAGUGUAUUCAAGUUGAGCAGCAAAGAUAUGGAAAUGAUACCCUCUUUGUUCGUUCUAAAUAUAUUCAGCAUUGAUAAAAGUAAACAUCACAAAGGAAGGUAGAGAAUGAUAUCGAUGAAUGAAUAAGGGCAGGUGAUGGGGAGUAAGACAAAUAUAUUCACUGUUUUGGAACUCGUUACGUGUGGAGAGCUGCUCAAUAAAGUUUUAUGCAAUUCUUCCCUUUUUAAUUUGUGUGGUUCUUGCGGUUCAAAAAGUGGAAACGAAGCACAGUUUGCUCAUUUCUCAUUGUUUGUUAUUAUUAAUUUCAUCAUCUCAUAUAAAAAUCUUGGUGUUUGGACAAAAUUAUUUAGCAGCUGAUUUGUGUGAACUUUAAAAUUCAUUGAUUUUUCUCUCUCUUUGAAAUCAUUGUCUUGAAAUUUCUGCCAACACUCUUGAAAACAUUCGAAAUGCAUGCUCUCAUUAUAUUGUGUCCUAA